CAAUGUCAGUUUGACUACACGCUCACAUUUCGUGUUGUUUGACUUGAAUAUUGUCACUCAUUCCUACUCAAUUUCAUCCCGCAGUCAUGUCGCUCGAUGGACAUUCCGUUAAAAUCCCUCAUUCAGCCUUUGACCCUUCGUUACUCGCUACACAGCUCAAUGGCACCAAGCCAACAAUUAAUGGACAUGCGUCAGCAAGUAACGAGAUUUUGUCAAACUCUGAGCGAUUGCAAGUCAUUAAUGAUGAGAAGAACUUCACAACCCACUUGACAUCCCAGAUAGGACGAUGGGGUCUGCGCGACGCCGGCUUCAAUUAUAACAUAGUAGCCGUCUUCGGGUCGCAGUCUACUGGGAAGAGUACACUGUUAAACAGGCUAUUUGGUACCACCUUUGACGUCAUGGAUGAGACAAGACGACAGCAGACUACGAAAGGUAUCUGGAUGUGCCGAGGGAAAGACAUGGCUGUCAUGGUCAUGGACGUGGAAGGCACGGAUGGACGAGAACGUGGAGAGGAUCAGGACUUUGAACGCAAAUCCGCUCUUUUCUCCCUUGCUUCGUCAGAGGUACUUCUUAUCAACCUCUGGGAGCACCAAGUUGGCUUAUACCAAGGUGCAAACAUGGGUCUUCUCAAGACCGUGUUUGAGGUCAACCUUGGUCUUUUCGGCAAGAAAGCUCAAGAUGGCUCUCAAGGGCGUACUCUGCUACUGUUUAUAAUCCGAGACCAUAUCGGUGUUACUCCUCUUGCGAACCUCCAAGCUACCCUUACUGCAGACCUCGAGAAAAUCUGGGAUUCCCUCUCUAAACCACAGGACCUCCAGGAUCGUCAACUUUCGGAUUACUUUGACCUCGCAUUCACAGCACUACCUCACAAGAUACUGGCUACAGAUAAAUUCGAAGCCGAAGUCCAAGAACUGCGAAAACGGUUUGUGGACAAGACGAGAGAUGAUUUUGUCUUCAAGCCCGCCUACCACAAAAGAAUUCCCGCUGACGGUGUGGCGUUCUACAUGGAAAACAUAUGGCAACAAGUACAAACGAACAAGGAUCUUGAUCUGCCUACUCAGCAGGAACUCCUCGCGCAAUUCCGAUGUGAUGAGAUAGCGUCCGUCGCCCUCGCAGACUUCACAGAACAGUCGAAGUCGCAGCGGAGACCUAUCGAGGCUGGCCAUGUUGUGGAAGGUCUCGGUAAUUUAAUGCGGGAUUGGAAGUCCCAAGCACUUAGCCGCUACGACCGUGAUGCAUCUCGUUAUCACCAAGGGGUAUACCAGCGCAAGCGUACUGACCUUCUUGGGGUUAUGGAUUCGACACUUUCUCCUCUCUUCCUCGGGCAGCUCAAGAACUUGCACAAGUCAUGUCUAAGCUCCUUCAAAAGGGAGCUUCUUGAAGGCUUGCGUGGUGAUGAGUAUAGCUUCGCGGACGUAGUUGGGAAGGCGCAGACAAAGUGCGAGACACGGUUCGCAGAUGGUGCGAAGGAGGUCUCGCUGGAGGACACUGACUGGACGUGGCAGGACGAAUUCGAGUCUCUCAGAGAGGAGAUUGGUAAUGUGGCUGACCAGUGCAGGAAAGAUGAGACGAAGAAGAUGAUCAACCUGAUUGAGAGGAACUUCAAAAAGCAAAUUUCUGAACCGGUCGACAUUAGUCUCAGCAAAGCUACACCAGACAUGUGGGACAAGGUCUUGAGCACGUUCAAAAAAACGCUCGAGAAGGCCGAGUCAACAUAUUUGGCAAAGGCGAAAAGCUUCAACUGCACGGAUGAUGAGAAUGUCACAUCCCUCGCUGCUCUGCGGAAACGUGCCUGGCUCGUUCUAAGGGCCAAGAUCGACGAGCAAACUGCUGAUACUGUGAUCCUCGGCAAGCUUCGGACUCAUUUCGAAGAGCGCUUCCGCUACGAUGAGAAUGCUGUCCCCCGAGUUUGGAGACCCGAUGAUGAUAUUGACGGGGCGUUCAAGGCAGCUAAGGAGCAGACCAUUGAUCUGAUCCCUCGUUACGCCAAGAUCACUCCCAUUGAUUCUUCCCUUGAAUUUACGAAGUGUAUUGACCUUAAUUCUCGCUUCCGAAAGGACGCAGAUGCAUACUACGUCGAAGCGAAACGCAGCACUGUGUCGAGUAUUGCACAGAUCCCAUACUGGAUGUACGGUGUCCUCGUCGUGCUUGGCUGGAAUGAGGCUAUGGUGGUGUUGUUCAAUCCUCUGUAUUUCACGUUUACUUUGAUGGCGCUAAUAACUUCCUACUUCAUUGUCAAGCUAGGUUUGACAGGACCUUUGUUCCAGGUUUCGAAAACAGUCCUGGCCGAGGUGCAGACACAAGCUACUAACCGCAUGAGGGACCACUUUGCGCAACCUGACAUAGCACAGCCCGUGCGAGCAAAUUCUUUCAGGGAUUACAAUGAGGAUAGUGAUCAGGAAAUGAGGAGAUUGAGGUCGGAGCCUAUGUAACUUCCUUUUCCUCCAUUACUCGGAGCCAUUUGUUUUUAUAAUCCAGAGCAUGGUCUAGAUUUGUCAUUAUGCAUAAAUUCAUGUAAUUCUCACUUCUACCGCUCGAGGCACAUGUAAUUCACUCA